CUCACGGUGAAUGGCAAAAAGGGGCCAAAAGUGUUCUUGAGAAAAAAGAUACGGUCUAAAAUCAAGCGCCGGGAUAAAACAGAAAAAUUAGUUAAUGCUUUAGAAAAGGAGAGCUCUUGCAACGGAGCUCCCUUUAAUCUAUUGACCGGCGGCAGGAAAAAACAACCAGCGUGGGCCAUGGACUCGCGUAAUCGGCGUAGUUUCUCUGGUGGCAGUGGAAAUGAAGGGGGACGGGGAAAUAACUACUACAGAUCCAGGCCGGGAUCUAGAUAUAGUCGAUCUCGGUCGCGAUCGCGGGAACGCAAUCGCGGUUUCGGUGGCUUUAGGCAUCGUAAUUCUCGUUCGAGGAGUCGGGAACGCUCCCCCAUGUUUAGACACGAUCAUCGUGGUGGUCGGGGUGGCGGUGGUGGGGGUGACCCCGAUUUGUACCAUAAUAUAAUUAACGAAGACUACAGGGAUGAUCAGCGCAACUAUAACUCACGAAACAACUUUGAUAAUCGUCAGUUCCGAAAAGAAGAUAACUUUGAUCGCCGGAAUCGGGAUAGAGAUGGUGAUAGUGAUCGGGAGCUUAAUGAUUAUGAGUACGAACAGCGCUGCCGAGAUCACGAUUCCAGGGAACAAAACUCCGUGGACAGGGAAAGGUUUCAGGAAAGGGGUCACAGCAGGGAACAAAAUAGAACCUGGAAUAGGAACUUCGGUCAUGAUGAUCGAAGCAGAAGCAACGAGCGAAACACACGCCCCCGAGAUCAUCGUUCGUACAACGGAAACAACAAUAUGCAAAACCAAAAUCGAGAACGUGAACGGGACUGGGAUCAAGAUCGUGAUCGCGACCGCAAUCGAGACCGAGAAAGGCGGGCUUCCUCAGAUUAUGACAGUGAUGAGGGUCAUAUGCGGAGGAAUAAGUACCGAGGCACCACCGAAGCCCUCAACAUAAUUAUUAUCUUCGGUCUCACCAAGGAAAUGACUAGGGCAGAUAUUAUGAGCGAGCUGAUCAAGGUGAACAUGGAGCCAGCCUGCAUACGUAUUAUCCGGAAACAUGGAACAGAUUCAUCACGCGGUAUAGCGUUUGUCGAGUUUAACACCGUUGAGGAGGCGAAGCAAUGGAUGGAUAUUACACAGGGCGUACUCAAACUGAACGACCAACGGGUGUCGAUGCAGUAUAGUCACAAGCGAAUCCAAGAUUGGAAUUGCAACAAGUGUGGAGUCUGCAACUUUAAGUUUAGAUUUUACUGCUUCGUGUGCAAAACAUCUCGGGAAGACAGCGAAACCACAUUUUCCUCUGGAAGUGAGGGCGUGGAUGAAGUCAGCAGCAUUCUCACCAAAAAAAUCAUGUUGCGCAACCUGGACGCCCUAACAAACGAGGAGAGUGUGCUCACGGCUCUCCAGCAGCACAUUCCGGAUCUGACCAAGACGGUCAGCAAGGUGCUAAUCAGUCGGGACACCUUAACCCAGGCAUCGCGAGGCAUCUGCUACCUGCACUUCGACACGCUCAUCGACUCCAUGAAUGUGCAUAAUGCGUUGACAGCGCUGGAUCCUCCGCUUACAUUAGAUGACAGACCUGUUGCCGUUACAUAUUGCAAUGACAUGGAGGAUCGCCAAGCUGCGCCCAAAGAUCCGAAAGCUGCAGCAAUCAAAGCCAACGAAUCGAGCAAUCCAAGCGGAGACAUUUCCGCUGUGCCGCCUUCGGGAUUAGGCGGAAACUACACGCUGGCCGAUGUUCCUCGUCUCGCUGAAUAUAGUGCCUCCCUGUACGCUUCGAAUCCCGCGGAGCACGCUCAUUACGUCCAGUACUAUACCGACUACUACACGGCAGAUAUCAACAAGAAGAACAGUGAUCCCAAUUUGACGGAGGCCAACUCUGGAGCAGCGGUUGCCUUGUCGGCAAUCCAGCGCAAGCAGAAGAAGAUGAACAGCAUCGAGACCACGAUCACGGCGGCGGCCACUGCAGCUGCACAGGCGGCGGCGGAGGUAAAGGCCACGCUGGCAGCUCAGGGAGUCACUGCGCCCAGGGGAAAUGAUGGAAAGACCUACCCCACUCCCGAUGUAACCCAGUACCAGUACGAUGAGACCUCUGGUUAUUAUUACGAUCGCACCACGGGACUCUACUACGAUGCUCACUCACAGUAUUACUACAACAAUGAAACGGGUGCAUAUCUCUACUGGGAUCAACGGAGGAGCACCUACGUGCUGGCCACCCCCGCCUCCACUCAGGCAGCCCUCCAGGAAGUGCUGGCGGAGGCCGAGCAGAAGGAGGAGGAUGCCAAAAAGGCCAAGGAUAAGGAGAAGGAAAAAGAGGGCGGUAACAAGCACGACAAGGUUAAGGUGGCCAAGAAGAUCGUCAAAGACAUGGAGAAGUGGGCCAAGCAGCUCAACCAGAAAAAGGACUACACUACUGUGGCCACACCGCAACCGAUAUUGGCAAACGAAGGUCCGAGCACAUCGCGGGGCAAUCAGGGAGGAUACGCCGAUGUGGGAUUCUCGAUUCUCGAAAAAAAGGAACGCGGCAAGCUGAACGACUACGUGCCGCAGGCGGGUCCAAUAAACAAGCUUGUAAAUGCGUACGGCGGAGCAUCAGACUCCGAGGAGGAUAGUGCUCAAAAUGUCCAGAACUCGGGAGCUUCAACUGGAGGUGGAGGCGCCAAUGAGUCGGACUACGUAGACUUCCAGAAGCUGACCUGCCUGCUCUGCAAGCGUGCCUUCCAAUCGCUGGAUAUCCUUCAGAAACAUUUGAAGAUGUCCACUCUGCACAAAGAAAACCUUGCCAAGUUGAACCAAAGUACUGGCGGAGGAGCUGCCGUUGAUGAGGGACUGUCUUAUCGUGAUCGUGCCAAGGAGCGCCGGCUGAAGUACGGGGAGAGUGAUCCUCCUCCCCCCAAUCGCAGCCGUGAGCGAUUCGAGCAGGAAAUAAAGACUUUACAAACGCGACAGAAGGACUCAUCUGCGGCCGCACCAGCCAUGCCUAUAAGUUCUAGCAACGUGGGCAGUCGCCUCCUGCAAAAGAUGGGCUGGUCGGAGGGUCAGGGAUUGGGAAGGAAGAACCAGGGACGCACCCAGAUCAUAGAGGCUGAUGGGCGCUCCAACAAUGUGGGACUGGGCAACAAAUCGGGACAUAUGAUACCAGGCAACGAUUACAAAUCCUACAUCAAGAAAAUGAUGAAGCAACGUUAUGAGAACGCCUGAGAAUAUGCGUUUCUCUUAGACCCGCUUUCACAUGUUUCCUGUAAAAUUAAAAGGAGCCAUUUCAAUUUAA